GUAACAACACGUAAUCGAAAGUAAAAUUAUGUUGAUCGUAGCAAUGCCAAGCGUAGAAUGAAGUUUAUUUUCACUUUUGAUGUAGAGAUGUCUGCUGAACAAGCUUUUGUCCUGUUGUUGUCAGGUUGUCUGCGCAGUGACGGAGCUAAAUGUAACUUUGGCCAACCGUGGCGCUCAAGAAACCAUUGUUACUGUAACGAUUUAGCGAGCUAACAUGAAUUUGCAGGCUGUUAUUGCACAUUGUUCGUUUCAAACGUGUCGCGGCGAUUCAUGAUGCAAUGUGCCACCAUGCCGGUGGAGAGGAUGCGCAUGCGGCCUUGGCUGGAGGAACAGAUCAACUCCUGUUUGAUCCCUGGCCUGAAAUGGGUUAACAGGGAGAAGAGAAUAUUCCAGAUUCCCUGGAUGCACGCUGCUCGUCAUGGAUGGGACCUAGAGAAAGACGCCCCACUCUUCAUGAACUGGGCCAUUCACACAGGGAAGUACCAGCCAGGUGUGGACAAACCUGAUCCAAAGACUUGGAAGGCCAACUUCCGCUGUGCCAUGAACUCUCUUCCAGACAUCGAGGAGGUGAAGGACAAGAGCAUCAAGAAAGGGACAAACGCCUUCAGGGUCUACAAGAUGCUGUCACUCUCCGAACGCCAGGGCAAGAGAGGAAAGAAAAGAUGUGAAAAGGGGGGAAAGAAGAAGGUUCCUAGAUCCUCAUCUCCGGACGAUAGCAGCGGACAGCUAGUUGUGAAACAGGAAGUGAAAGAGGAAGUGGUCACAGACAGCACCACCCUCACAGUCUAUGACCAUCCGGCCGAUCGGAGUCCUAUAGACGACCACCUGAUUAUACACGAUCAACUGCCAUUUGUCUGUCAGACCAUCGAGGUUACCACGGAGAGCGAAGAGCAGGCUGUCAGCUCCAGCCACCCCUACCCCCUUCAAAUCUCCCCUGUGUCCUCAUACGGAGAGAGUGACACAGAUAGCAUCCACAGUGAAGAUGACUCCUUAAAGUGUGUUGGAGGCUUGUGGAGCCGGAAAGGGUACAGCUCAGUGCUCCGGGUGCCAUCCGGCUCCCUACCCAGCAUGGCCACCUUUGUUACGGCCGGAAAGACCAACUUCAAAGUGACAAGCACCAGAGACCCCACCCCCCUCAUCAGCUAUCAUUCCUCCCCCUGGACAGACUCCUCCCCUAACUCGCAGCCCCUCCCCCUGACGGCGACUUCGUCCUCGCAGGCCUCCUCCUCAGAGACACGGGCCAGUGUCAUCAUGAAGACGUCCGACAUAUCACAGCCCUCCGUCAAGACCUGCUGACCCCGCCCACUGAACCCUGUUCUCCAGAGUGCCCCCCUCAUUGGAUGGACUGGUCCACAGACAGACAGACCUGACAGUCUUGCAAAGUGACAGACUAACAAGACAACCUGACUCUACUCUGCCUCUGGGUAAUCAUGUACAUAGUAAUAUGUAAAGUCAAACUGCUUCUGCACCUUAUGGAGAGCACUGACGUGUGUGCGUGUGUGUGCGUGUGUGGGUAAAGGCGCUCCAUGGGAGGAAAGAGGAAAACGAUAAAUGCACUUGUAAUUUAUCUUGAAGCCUUUUUAGCGAUCAUAUAUAUAUUUUUAUAUAAAAGGGAAAUUUUAAUUGAAGGUGGAGAGUGUUUCUUCUAAAAAUGAAUUAUGUUUUUUUUUAUUGUUAAAGUAGCUAAUUCAUUGUGAUUCGCAUUGUCAUUGUUUAUGUGGCACCUACUGAAUGUAACCAUGUGACUAGCUUGAUGCCUGUGUGUCUUUAUUGUUAUAUGUUUCCAGAUCCAUGUUAACAUGGUAAGUGUGUUUUUAUGCUGAGCAGGCAUGGCUACUCUUAAUCCUGUGGAUCAUCGAUAUGCAAAUCUGAAUAAAUAAAUAAAC